AUGAGCGACUGGCCUUCUGAUUCAUCGAAGCCAACAGCAACAGGCUGGGACUCAACUGGCGACAUAGAGCAUUUGAGCUCUCGUGAGCAACAUCAAUUACGAGUAUCUUCUGUGCUAAAGCAACUGCCACGCGCUCAGGAUGAGGACGCGCCUGCUGUCACAAGCAAUGUGCAAUCCACAGCGCUGACCACAUACAGCGCCACAGGGCUUUCUGAUCUUUACGACUCGUCAGUUUAUACAAGCAGUAAGCACAGUAGCUACAGUAGUUCCGGGACCUACAGCCGACCAAAAAAAGUCUUUACGGGUCUAUCGAAUCAGGGUGCCACGUGUUACAUGAACAGCCUACUGCAGAGUAUGUUUAUGACACCCGAAUUUCGCCAGGGACUGUAUAAUUGGACGUGUCACCGCGUGAUUCAUGAGAUAAAUCAGGAUAUUGCUCAAAAGGAUGAUGAAGAAGAAUCUGACGUUGAAAUAGAGGCAGACGAAGACAAUAUUCCAUUGCAGCUUCAGAAACUCUUUGCCAAGUUGCAGCUGACAACCCAGGACUCGAUAUCGACCAAGGCACUAACUAAAAGUUUUGGGUGGACAGGAGCUGACGUCUUUCAGCAACACGACGUACAGGAAUUAUGCAGAGUGCUGCUAGAUGCAUUGGAAAAAUCAUUUAGAGGAACCGUGAAUGAGAGUCUGGUGAAUGAUUUGUAUCAGGGAUCACUUAAGGAUUACGUGCAGUGCUAUGAGUGUCGAUAUGAAAGCUCGAGAAUCGAUAAUUUUCUAGAUUUGUCAUUGGUCAUUCGACCGUUCGGCUCGACCGAGAUGAUGAAGACCGUGGAGGAGGCAAUUGAGUUAUUUCUAAGACCGGAAGUGCUGAAAGACGAGAACCAGUGGAUGUGUGACAGAUGUAAAGUAAAGCGCAAUGCUAUCAAGGGACUCAAAUUUUCUAAGCUGCCGUAUAUUUUAAUGCUGCAGUUAAAACGCUUUGACUUCGACUAUGCCACGAUGAACCGCAUUAAGCUACAUAACGAGGUGACUUUUCCGAAAUAUUUGGAUAUGAACUCGUAUGUGAGUGGUGAAAAUGGCUCUGCUCGUGGAAAAGUUGCUAGAAAAAUGUCGAUGGAGCGCCACGAAUUGGAGGGCAGGCACUAUCAUAAUUCACAAGAACAUGCACCACCCUCUUUGCCUUCUUCGCCAUCCCCAACACCUGGAUUGAUCGCGGCAAAUGACAGAAAUCGUCGUCUAUCCUCUAUGGAUGAGUCACAUCCGGUGACAUUUGAUGACGAACUAGGCGAUGGUACUGAUAACGAUGCGGACGAUGCUCUUAUUGAUACUUGGAGCCCGACUUUUGAUCCAAGAAUCAUGGUAAAGCGUUCAGGCCCUCAUGUUUACGAACUCUACUCGAUUCUUAUUCACUCUGGCAGCGCGCUUGGCGGACAUUAUUAUGCGUAUAUAAAGUCUCUAGAGACGGGCAAGUGGUACAAUUUUAAUGAUUCUUCUGUCAGUGAGAUUUCAGAUACGGAAUUGAAGUUUGCGUUCGGGGGCACAAGUGGCACUGGCUAUAGCGUGCGCCACAGUACAUGCGCGUAUAUGCUUAUGUAUCGACUUGUCGAUGCCGACAAGAAUGUAAAUGUGAUUAGCCCAGAAAACAUUCCGCAAUAUUUAAAGGAUAAAAUCUGUGCAGAUGAGGAAAAUAUUCAUAGACUUGAGCAGGAACGGGUUGAAAAAGCUAAACAGGCUCAGAUUAAAUUUUAUAUGAAAGGAUCGCAGACAAAGAAUUUAGAGAAAACUAUUUAUGUUUACAAGACUGCAACAAUCCGCGAAGUACUUAAGACAGCGUGCGAGGAGUUCGCGAAGGAUGAAGAUGUUGUCAUCCCAUCGUUAGAAAAUGUGCGGCUGCGAGGAUACAACGAAUACAAUUGCCUGCUUUCGGACACGUAUAAUGAUAAGGAAAACAUGACGUUGUCAUCGUUAGGAGUUUGUUCUGGCCAACAUAUGUUUCUUGAAGUGAAAAGUGACGAUGAAUUGUGGGAGGAGUAUGACCCGACAAAGCUACAACUUUUCGUUCGUCGCUUUGUCGACUUGGAAUCGGAUGCUACACAAGCAACAUCUCGUGUUUUCUUUAUGGCAAGGUGCAUCCAACAGGACGAAGUUUCAAACGUGGAAACACUUUGCGCUGCCAUUCAAAAAAAAUUUUCAGUUCCUGUCGGGCAACAGAUUCGUUUGAUAAAGAAGAGUGCUAGUCCGUACAGUAUUUUUGCAGCCGACAUUCUAAACGCGAAUGACGAUGACCGUACACGAAGCUUGCGCUUAAAAAUGGACUUGCACUUGAUAAAUGGAACUGAGUUGUAUUUUGAGGAAACGACUGAUCUUCAACUUCCUUCGCCCGCGAAGGCAUUCUUUGAGCGUGAGGCGAACAUGAUCACAGUCAACUUCAAGUAUUUGACAAAUCCAGCGGAGCCAAUUCGUAUUGAUCGAAGAGAAACUGUUCGACUACUCAAGGACCAAAUCAGUGCCAAAAUCGGGCUUCCUUCUAAUAAAUUUAAGAUUCUUCGCGGCAUUAACAGUGCUGGUGUUGAGAUAAAGGCGAUUGAUAGCACUUUGUCCAAGUUGUCAAUCGGCUCGAAUCAUACAGUCUUUGCAUUAGAGGGCACUCCGCUCAAAACGGGCGAGUAUAACUUCAGACUGAUGUUAUACAACGCCGCAAACACCUCUUCAGCAUCUUUAGAGAGCGACCGAAGCAGCCAUCAACACCAGAUUAUUACCGAGACUUGUGAUAGAAACAAUUUGUUUGACAUUGACGAAGUGCUUUUGGCAAUAGGAAAAGAUGAUGCGUCGUUGACGUUUGUGAGCCAAGUGGUCAUAAGCGAGGAAAUGCUGGUGGAUGAUAUUCGUAUCAAAGUGUGGAAUGACUUAAUGGGAAAAAAAAGUGUACAAUUUGGCGACCAUAAGCUGACUCCAUCUCAUAUCCGACUGCGUGAUCUACGCCAAAAUAUACUGACCACCGUUUUAGUAGAUGGUCAAAAUCUCGUUGAAGCAUCUAAGCUUGCAGUGUACGAAGGAAGAAGUAUUGUGGCAGAGAUCUUACCAGAACCGGAGACGUUAGCGAUUAGCCACAGGAUUGUUGAAUUCGCGUACGUGAAUCGUGCGACGUGGCGAUUUGACAAAAGAUUACGGCGAGAGGUGAUGAUUGCUUCUUCGGAAGAAAAAAAUCAUCCGGAUACAUAUUUGGUAGAUGCUGCAAGUGCUGCAUUCUCAAUUCCAGCAGAGCGUUUAGCAUUUGCAAGAAUUCCACACCACCGCGACUCGAUUGAUAUUCUGGAAGUAAUUUCCUAUGAGUUUUUACCUGCUUCUGCGCUUGCAAACCAGGAAUCCGAAUACCAAGUGUUUUAUCUCGUCGUCGAUACCGAUGUAAACAUAACGCACAUGGACUUUCAUGAGCGCCAGCUCAUUCAAAAUUAUUUGGCCAGGAAAAGCGAUGAAAAGACGCAAGCACUACGUGCCAAAUACUCGUCUAGUAACAGUAAUUCAAACCAGUAUCAAAAACCUAAGGAAGCCGCGUUGGUCAUUCGAACUCGUUCCAAAACGAGUGAGCACAAAGGUGCUGGAAGCGCUGGAAGCAGCAAUGAAAGAAAUUCGAACGGUGUAAGCAUUCACACUCCCACUCGUACCGACAAGGCCGCGGCACGUCAUAAUACCUCGUCUGGCACGGACGACGAGGACGACAACGACUUUAUGACGGGAAAGACCGAACCUAUAGACAUGGAUCUUUUCGGCGACUUGACAUAA